GUAAUUGGUAUAUCGAAUAUAAUUAUAACAAUUUGGGAGAAUCAUUUGUACACGAUGUUGUUGCAUAUAAUCGAUUAGAAUUAUUACGUUUAUUUCUUGCAUAUAAUUAUGAUUUGGAUAGACCAGCUAAACGUCUUCCACCGAAUAUACAUUUACUUUCAUCUUUAAAUCAUCAAACUCUAUUGAAAAAUACACAAAAUACUAUUACAACAUCAAUGAUUCAAUCAGAAUCAAAUAAUCGAACAUCUAUGAAUUCAUUUGAAAAAUCACCAUUUAAAAUGGCAUUAGAACGUGGACAUCUUGAUAUGGCUAGAAUAUUAGCUGAAGUUGGUUGUUUUUGUACACAUUUACCAAUUAAUUCAAAUAGUAUACCAUCAGUAUGUGCAACUUCAUCUUCAUCAUCAUCAUCAUCAUCGUCGAACAACAAUAAUAUUCCCGAAACGAAUUCAAUCAAUUCAACAGUUAAAAAUUCUCAUUUCAUUAAUCAAAAUCUUUUAACACGACGUUAUAAUGGUUUACUUGAAGUUAAAUCCUUACAAAAAUGGUGUCGUAAAGUGAUAAGACAACGUUUAGGUUUUCGUCUUAUUGAAGCAUUACCCUUAUUACCUAUACCAGUACCAUUAAAAGAUUUUCUAUUACUUCGUGAUAUUGAUUGGUCAAUUUAUUUAAAUAAUAUUCAUAAUAAUAAUAGUAAUAAUCGUAGUUCUAUCAUAAAUUCAGGGGAAUUAGCCAUUAUAGUACCAACUUAA